AUGACAAAGGUGCCGUGGAAUCAACUAAAUCUGCAGGAAGCAUACGAGCACAAGAUCUACUGCCGCGUUCGUCAGACAGGAACUGCCGUGCUCCUGCGACUUCAAAACGGAGAAGACCCUCGAAAUGUGUUCACAUCCACUGGGUUGCCUCGAUGCCCCCCGUAUCCCCUCUGCUGUAAACUUUCUGAACUAGGAGAACUUGGUUCUGGGAUACCACUUCUAUUCCAAUUCAUAAAAUUCAUCCUUUUGGUAUCUGCUAUUCAUGGCCUCUUGUCGUUGCCAGUCGUUAUUGGCGUGUACUCGCAUAAGGUUUCAGAUGGAUCAGCAAACUGUUCUGUAUUCAACCGAACACUUUUUACAGCCGGAUGCGUGGACGGCACUGCUUCCGAGUCGCAGCUUCCUGGUGCAACAAAUCUUGUAAUGGUCUUAAGUGCUGUCAUCCUACUACCAAUUUUAUUCAGGCAGCAGGAGCACCUAAGGAGGUCGGCAGGAGAGCAAGUCUUCCAGCCACAGGAUUUCGCUCUUCUGCUAGAAGGAUUUCCCGCCGAUGCAACUGACGAACAUGAGAUAACCAGUUUUGUGUGCAAUUCACUCUUGGCCAACCAACCACCAGAGUGUGUGGUCAAAGUUGUCAUAGGUUUUGACACCAGGCAUUAUGAAGAACACAUAACUCUCAUUGAAAGGUUAAAGCGACGGCUAGAUAUUUUGAAGGUUGGCCUCCACGCCUAUUCUUGCAAUGGUUGUCAUGGAAAUGGAUUUUUCUCAUUGCUCGUAACCAAUUGA